AUGCCGCUGGGACUGCCGCGCGAUCUGUAUAAAACGCCCCAUGUAUAGGGCCCAGAGGAGAACCUCUUCAGCUACGACUAGCUGCCACGAAACCCAGUCCUCAGCAGCCAGUUACGGCGAAGUCAUACACGCACCGCAGAAGUUUCACGGCGACGGCGUCGAUGUCCGUGGGCAGCAAGUCGUUCCCAACGCGCCGUGACUGCGGCUGCGGCGAGGGAGGGGCAGGAGGAGGAGAGAACGGCGAUGGAGCCGUGGUGAGGGAGGAGAGCAAAGGCGGCAGCAGGAACGGGAGGAAGGAGGCGCGGUACGACCGCUGCUUCUCGGGUAUGGAGCUCAGCAUCGGGCCGGGGCCGCUCAAGGACAUGGACGCCGGGAAGCUCAAGGGCCAGAUCAGGAGGUGGGCGAAGGCGGUUGUGGCCUACGCACGUCAGAUCAGCUUCGGCUCGCCGAGGUCCAGAUCAAGAUCGGCCUCCUCGCCCACGUCCGGCGGCGGCGACACCCCGAGCUCGGCCACGUUCCCGGCGUCCAAGUCCGGCCGCCUCGGUGGCGCCAAGAACGAGCCUCCGACGACAUGAGAGCUUGAUGUUCGUCUCACGUUGCGUUCGUCUGACAGGAAGCAGGAGUUUACUGUAACAUACUAGAGCUUUGAUUUCUUCCAUCCGUUCCCUUUUCGUUUCUUUUUUCAAAAAUAAAAUUAUUCAUUCAUUCUUGCCAAGAUAUCAUGCUUCCUCAAUUCUCUUUGUUGUAGUACUUUACCAUAGCACGAGAGCUUUCGUUUCUUCCACCUUUUUUCCUUUCCUUUUUUUUUCUUCAAUAAUAAAAUUAUCAUGCUUGCAUCUUUAUUCGAGAUCUUUGAUUUUCUCCCAUCUUUAAUUUAUUCAUUCAUUCUUGCCUAGAUGUUAUCAUGUUUCUUCAUUUCUCUAUGUUCAAUAAAAAAAAUCAAAUUCAUUGGUUAUAUUCUUCAGCCGUUUGUGGCUACAGGCAUCUCUUUCCUUCUUUCUCAAUGAUUUUUUUUUUCUAGUUUUCGUAAGUACUUAGGAAAGCUAGUCCACGUACGCAACAAUUGCUGUCUUGUAAGAAUUUCAGACUUGUAAGCGGUGAUGGCUUAAUGUAAGGUCAUGGUUUUGCUGUAUCCUGAUUCCUGACUGUAACUAUUGUUGAAAAGAAAUCGAAGCCGGUUGCUUGCC